GACCUUGUGUCUCCUCCCAGACUCUGCUCACCACAGGGAAGCAUGGGGCUAGCCUUGGGGCAGCCAAGGUCGGAGUGCCCCAGAAUCUCCUGCAGUAGUAGGGAGCAGGGUGCUCAGGGCCAUCCUGACCCCCAGGCCCUUCAUCUGCCAAGGGGGCGCCCCCCUCUCCCCAAGGCUUUGCUCCUAAUGCUCUUAUCUUCCUGGGAGGGGAAACCAGUCAGCCUCACUUACCCCAUCUAUGCAUGGGGCUCCCCAUCAACGCACUAAGAACCCUUUUAGGCCACAGGGCAGCCUCUCCCUAGAGGUGGGCUCACUCUCUGCUUGCUUUGCCCUGCCCUCUACCAGGGCUGGGGACCUUGGGUGAGAACUCUGUCCCAGCAGGAGGUGAGAUGCGGGAAUCCCUGCUAUUCCUCGGGCUGGUGGCCAACAUGUGGAGGGAGUGGGGGGUUAACACUUGGUUGUAAGGAGAGUUCCUGGGUCAAUCCGGUCCCAAGGGCUAGGGAAUCGUUCUAUGAAGCCACCCGAGGGUCAAACCAGGGAUUUAUCGCAUGCACUGGGCUGGGCCGGCCGCGUGCACCACUGCCUAUCCACAUAAGCACGUGCGCACUUCUCCCCAUCCUCCCCCCGACUCCCGCCCCGCGAAUCUACUAGAGGACGAGGUGCGGGAGAAGGCGCGUCUCCCGGCCGGGCUCCCUCUUUUCCGGAAGGGAAAACCUGUCGGCCACGCCACUUUGGGAAGGAAAAAGCCCGCAAGCCAAGACCUUGACCGUAGAGAAGGCCGAGGGCGCAACGAAGCCGGGAGAGAAACCGUGAGGCAUGCAGCAAGCAAACCCGACGCCGCCGAGCAGGCAGGACGGCGGGCUCCUCGGGCCAGGGUGUAGCCCAGUGAACGCACGCCAGCCGGUGUAGUUAGUCGGGGCGCGCUUCCUGGAGGAGGAGUAGGAGGAUUUGCCGCCCGAGCAGCCGGCUUGAAUGGAGAAGGCGGGGCCGGGGCAGGCUGGGCCCUGCCGAGGCCCCCUGCCGAGAGGAGGGGGCGGGGGCCGGCCACACACUUAAAGCUGACACCAGGGAGGCCCUAUCCUCAGCCGGGCCCGUGCAAGCACUGCCUCAGCUUCGAGGGUCUCUGAGCCCACCGAGUUUCUUCGCAGAACCUUCGCAGCCCCGCUCAGUCCCUAACCCAGCCGCGCCUAGCCGGGCGCGCGUACUCCAAGAAGCCAAGUCUACGAGCUCUGGCGAAGUCGCCGCAAGCUCCCGGGAGCAGCCUGCCCGGGGUGAACAGAAGCGCAGAAGCGUCUUCUGUCAUGUCACAGAGUGGAUACCCUGAGGACCCAGCCUUGCUCUCUCCCUCCCCAUAUCCCCGGGCUGAUUCUGUGCUGCCUCGCCUGUGCCCAGACCCAGGAGCUGGCCUGACCAUCAGAGGAGUGUUUAAUGGGACAGUGCUUGGAUAGAGUGGCGGUAUGCUCUUACCCCGGGUCCCCAGGGCAUGGUGACCGCAUGUGCCAGGCUGCUAGUGGGCAGGUUAGGUAUGUGAUUGGGCUAUAGGGUGGAGGUGAUGGUAGGUCCACCACCUGGCUGGUAGGUCCCAGCCUGGCUGGGUAGGUCCUGUGUGGAGCCCAGGGUAGGGGAGAAGUGGGGCAGUGUGAGGGGCACGGCAAGCAAUAGCAGGUGCUGGUGGGAGGUGACUGCGGGGCAGCUGGGACAGGUCAGGACUGCGGAAUCAAGUAGUCUAAGCAAAGCAGGGCUGGAGCAGGGGAGGAAGGAGUCUUUUGUGGACAUGAGCUCCAGGACAAACGGGGGAAGGACAUCUUUUGAAUUAAGCGUUCUUCUCUGGAGUGCAGUGCAGUGCAGACCCGGAGCUAGUGGUCACCAGUCCAUGAGGGCCUUGCUGGGGGAGGCCUAGCUCCUCCUCCCCAGAAAGGGCCCAGACUGAGCACAGGACAUGGGGGGCACAGGGCCUGGGGUGUUUAGAGGAAACCAGCGGGCAGGAGUGGAAGUAAGUCAGGGUGAGUCACUGCCUGGCAGGUGGAGGCAUGCUGCUGACCCUUCCCUGUCCCUGCACCUGAGCUUGCCAGGCACUGGUGGGCUCUGGCUGCAAGGGCCCCUUUCCUGGUAGUAUCACAAGUGGUGCACCCCAGGGCACCCACAGGACACUGACGAAGAGGUGCCAGUUGGGCCAAGAGUAAGGCAGGGAGGAAGGUUCUAUGGAGCCUGGAAGAAGGCCCUCCAGGGAGGGAUGCCCUCAGCUCGGAGGACAGGGGCCAGUAUGCCGGGGGUGCUGGCCGCCUGGCCUGAGGAGUGAGACAUCAAGGUGGCGGGUGGGACUGGGCUCGGGGGGCUGGGGGUCAGGACAGGGGUAGCAGGGCUGGCACAGACUGUCAGCCCCGAGGCUGCCGGGAGCCACAGCAGGGCUCAGGGCAGAUUGGAACUUCUGCAUGUCCACAGGAGGGCUUCCUGAGAAGAGGCCUGCCCUGCAGUGUCAUUCCCCUCUCUGCCCCUGGCUGUUUCUCUGGCUCUCCCGCUUCCGGGUUCUUGUCUGAUGUCUGGAUGUUUCUCAGUCUUGAUGCUUCGCCCCACAUGCCCUCCCUGGAAGGAGGAGCUCUGAGACCCCAUGCCAGUGAGUCUGGAUGCUGCAGAGGCUCUGGCUUUCUUUGGGUCACCUCCGGGGAGCCAGACAGGUCCAGGUCCCAUAACCUAGAUGUUCUGGGAAGGCAGGUGCCAGUCGGUCUUUAUGUCACUGUGCCAUGUGCCUGGCCCAAAGUCUGUGGAAUGAACAAGUCUUUCUCUAGCUAAAGGGUAUAUGUGGCACAGCGCAGGGCAAGAUUCCUGCAGCAGAAGGAUGUUGGAGAGAGCCACUGGGUGGGGGCCGUCAGCGGGCUGCCGCACUCUGAGGGGGCUGGGCAGGACCAGGCCCGACCUGGACCGAAGUUGCCUUCCUGCUGGAGGCCUCCCUCACCACCGAGCGUGCGCCGAGGGGGCAGCUCCUUUGGCUUGACGUUCCUCUCUCUGGGGUGUAGCCCUGACAGCCAGGCCCUCUGCGGGGGUCUCUCUUGGUGGUGGUUGGGUCUCCAGGCUACCUCAAGUGUGACACGGAUGAUGCCUCUGAAACCCGUGAGGAGAGCCUGGGGGAUGAGGCCUUCGACACGGUCAACUCCUCCAUUGUGUCUGGCGAGAGCAUCCGUUUUUUUGUCAACGUCAACCUCGAGGUGCAGCCCACCCAGUCUGAGAGCGAACUGCCUGGCGGCUACGGGCUCCUGCACACCUCCCGCAAGUACCUGAAGUUAAAGAACUUUGAGGAAGAGGUCCGGGCACACCGGGACCUCGAUGGUUUCCUGGCCCGGGCCAGCAUCAUCCUGAACGAGACGGCCACCUCCCUGGACGACGUGCUGCGGGCCAUGCUGUACCGCUUAGCCCAAGACCCCCACAACACCGAGCCUGACUGCCACUUGGACCUGCUCAUGGCCAUGCUCUUCACUGAUGCCGGGGCCCCCAUGGAGGAUAAAGGAGUCCACCUGCUGUCGGACACCAUCCAAGGGGUCACUGCCACAGUCACAGGGGUGCAUUAUCAGCAGUCCUGGCUCUGCAUCAUCUGUACCUCCAAGGCCCUGGUGAAGCGGCACGUGUGCAUCAGCCGCCUGGUUCGCCCGCAGAACUGGGGGGAGAACUCCUGUGAGGUGCGGUUCGUUAUCCUGGUGCUGGCCCCGCCCAAGAUGAAAAGCACCAAGACUGCGACAGAGGUGGGACGCACCUUUGCCACCAUGUUCUUAGACAUCGCCUUCCGCCAGAAGCUCCUAAAGACCCGCACAGAGGAGGAAUUCAAGGAGGCCCUGGUACAUCAGAGGCAGUUGCUCACCAUGAUGAGCCAGUCUGCGGGCACCCGCAUGACGGAUCACAGCAUGAACUCCAUCUGCCUCCACAAGCCCCCAAAGCCCCCACAGCACACAGACUUCUUCCCCCUGGGGAAGGGCAUCCGGGAGGACAUCGCCCGCAGGUUCCCUGUGUAUCCACUGGACUUCACUGACGGCAUCAUCGGGAAAAACAAGGCUGUGGGCAAAUUCAUCACCACCACUCUGUUCCUCUACUUCGCCUGCCUCCUGCCCACCAUCGCUUUUGGGUCCCUCAACGAUGAGAACACGCAUGGGGCCAUUGACGUGCAGAAGACCAUGGCCGGGCAGAGCAUCGGAGGCCUCCUGUACGCGCUCUUCUCCGGGCAGCCGCUGGUGGUGCUGCUGACAACCGCGCCCCUGGCGCUCUACAUCCACGUGAUCCGGGGCAUCUGUGACGACUACGAUCUGGACUUCAAUACCUUCUAUGCAUGGACGGGCCUGUGGAACAGUUUCUUCCUCGCGCUUUACGCCCUCUUCAACCUCAGCCUGGUCAUGAGUCUCUUCAAGAGGUCAACGGAGGAGAUCAUUGCCUUGUUUAUUUCCAUCACGUUCAUGCUGGAUGCUGUCAAGGGCAUGGUCAAAAUCUUCCAGAAGUACUACUAUGGCCAAAACCUUGAGAACAUCUAUGCAUAUAGCUCUUCCUCGGUGAACCUGCUGGGCCUCAGUACCAGCCUCAACAGCAGCCUCCACAGCGCCCUCAACAGCAGCCUCCUGGCUGGCCCGCCCGAGUUGACUUCAGGGGGCAGCCCGGCCCCUGAGCCCCCAGCCCGGGACACCGCCGUGCUCAGCCUCCUCAUCAUGCUGGGCACACUCUGGCUGAGCUACACCCUCUACCAGUUCAAGAAGAGCCCCUACCUGCACCCCUACAUGCGCGAGAUCCUGUCCGACUGCGCCCUGCCCAUCUCCGUGCUCACCUUCUCCCUCAUCUGCUCCUAUGGCUUCCGGGAGAUUAAGAUGGGCAAGUUCCGCUACAACCCGAGUGAGAGCCUGUUUGAGAUGCCCGAGAUGCACUCACUGUCCCUGGCAGCCAUCAGCAGUGCCAUGGGCCUCGGCUUCCUCCUCUCCUUGCUCUUCUUCAUCGAGCAGAACCUGGUGGCUGCCCUGGCUAACGCCCCGGAGAACAGGUGCAUGGGGUUGGGGAGGGAGGGGCGAGCGUGUCCCCAACCCCCGGGGGACCAAGGGGGCUCUGUCCACACGGGACCCUGUCCGCUGCAGGCUGGUAAAGGGCACUGCCUACCACUGGGACCUCCUGCUCAUCGCCAUCAUCAACACCGGGCUGUCUCUGUUCGGGCUGCCCUGGAUCCACGCUGCCUACCCCCACUCCCCGCUGCACGUUCGGGCACUGGCUUUGGUGGAGGAGCGUGUGGAGAAUGGGCACAUUUACGAGACGAUCGUGAACGUGAGGGAGACGCGGCUGACCACCCUGGGCGCCAGCAUCCUGGUGGGCUUCUCCCUCCUGCUGCUGCCCUUCCCGCUACAGUGGAUCCCCAAGCCCGUGCUCUACGGCCUCUUCCUCUACAUCGCGCUCACCUCCAUCGACGGCAACCAGCUGUGCGCUCGCAUGGCCCUGCUGCUCAAGGACCAGACCUCGUACCCACCCACCCACUACAUCCGGAGGGUACCCCAGAGGAAGAUCCACUACUUCACGGGCCUGCAGGUCCUGCAGCUGCUGCUGCUCUGUGCCUUCGGCAUGAGCACCCUGCCCUACAUGAAGAUGAUCUUUCCCCUCAUCAUGAUUGUCAUGGUCCCCAUCCGCUACAACCUGCUGCCCCGAAUCAUUGAAGCCAAGUACCUGGACGCCAUGGAUGCUGAGCACUGAGGCCGUGGCCACACCCCGCUUGCCUGCCCCUCCGGGUCGUCCCAGGCUGGCGCUGUGGCUGCGUGCGGGGAAGUCUGGCAUCCUGGGGUGCUUGCUGCUUUGUGCUGCACCUCCCCACCCCCCAGCUGUCCCAACUGGCCUAGGGUACCUGGGCAUCGAGGGGGCGCCCAGGUGUGUCUGCUCGCUUUGGGUCCAGACCACUGCUCAGGGCAGCAUCUGCCCAGGGUGGGACUAAUAAGCAGGAUGGAUUUUCUUUUGAUAAAAGAGUCAGAUGCCUGAAAGAGAAACCAUUUCCUUGAUUGUGUAAGGAAUUCACUGUACGCAUGUUAGAGAAUAAAGCUUGUUUCUAUGCUUC